CCAAAAUUCGCCCAAACGCACGAUGAGCAGACCCGACCCCUCUCCACCGCGUACGACCGAAGCCCCAGCCCCCUCUCCACCGCGCGGGACCGAUUCUCCAGCCCCCCUCCACGGCGUACGAAGGUCCAGCCACCCUCCACCGCGUACGACCCAAACGGAAAUGGCCAAGUCUUCCAAAGUUCCACGACUUUUACUGCCAGUGUCUGAACAUUACACUGGUCGUGUUACUUGGCGGGGCGGUAGUUACUAUUACCCCAAAGUAAAAGCCAAGUUUGUACAAAUGCAGUUGUUGGAAAGGGUGAAGGAGGAAUCCCCUUUCAACAAUUUUUUUGAGAGAGAGCCAUUAGCGUUUUCAGGUGCUCUUAUCCAUCAACUCUUCAUGCAUAAGAUAAAAUCAGAUAAAGAUGAUGAGGUGCAUUUUUAUAUUGCAAAGAAGAGAUGCCGAUUCGGCCGAACUGAGUUUGCCUUGGUGACUGGGCUUAAUUUGUUACGUGGACCGACUGAGGCUGAGGUUUCGGAGAGGGCGACGUCAGACCGUUUGAUAGUAGAAUAUUUUAAUGGGGAUCCAUCUAUCAGCAUUGGUCGUCUGCGCAGCGUCUUUGAGAGCUGCACUGAGAAGGAUGAUUGUUACAAGUUGGGUUUGGUGCUGUUCGUGAUGGGUGUUCUGACUGGGAAAGAAGAGAAGACCCUGGUUCCCCCAUUUAUCAUUAGAAUGGUUGAGGACCUCCCUUUUUUCUACAAUUACCCGUGGGGGAAAAUUUCUUUCAACUUGUUGAAAGAUACUUGGAGUAAGGACUUCGUACAAAAGAAAAAGCAUAUGGAUGAGAAGAUUGAGAAGGGAACGACUCAGAAGGAGUCAAAGUAUUCGGCCUAUGGAUAUGCUGUAGCAUUGCAGUAUUGGGCUUAUGAGUCCAUCCUCGAGCUUGCUGAGAAAUUUGCAAUCAGAAGAUCGCAUCGCUUUCCCCGAAUGGUGAACUGGGAGAGUAAGGAUGCCCCACUCGGGAAAGAGGAAGUCAUCAGAUUAUUUGCAAAAAGAGAGAGUUUGUUAAUUCAUUGCAUUUGCUUACGUUUAUUUAUUUAUUUUAUUUUAAUUUAAGUCUAAUAAUCAAUUUGUUAUAAUUUGCAGUUGACAGUGUACUCCGUUUUAUGUCCGCGGAGUAAUGAGGCCGAGUUUUUGAGCCACGUCACUGGAGGUGAGGCGCCUCUAUUUGUGGAUAUGGAGGAAUUGGUUAUUGGCAAUGAUGGCCAGCCUACUCAGGAUAGUUUGCGCAGCCAAGCUUCAAAGCUUGCACUCACGCUAGAACAGCGAGCGGAGGAAGCUGGAAUCUUCAGAGAUGAUACACCACCACAUUCUCCACCAUCAGGGGCCCGUUCUGUUCCACCGUCUGCCUCAAUGCCCGAUUCUGCAUCUAUGCCGCAGUCAGCAUCUAUUCCCAGCACCUCACAGCCUCAGGUGCCAAUAUCUUCUGCCAUAUUGGCAAGAUUGGAGCGUGUUGAAAAGGAACAGCUUGCUUUGAAGCAAGGCCAGACUGAUAUUUUGAAAGGGCAGAAUGAGAUAAUGGGUUACUUGAAGACCCUAUUGGCUCUUAUGGGAGAUCAAAGAAGGCCCAGCACAGAGGCAGAGCCACAGCCAGACGCCGUGUCUCCAGGAGAUGAGUUCAUUCUUCCGAAUGAUUACAGACCUAAUGAUGUGGAAGAUGUACUCCAGACACCUCAGAACAUGUCGGUCACGUCCAUUGGAGAUACCCAAGAUUCAGAGGUUCAGGUUUUAGAGACCGUUCCAACACCGGUGGAGAAGAGAACGAAGAAAAGGCCAAGGUGGUUUGACGAGUACACCGAAAUGAAGAAGAAGAUGAAGCCAUCAACAACCAAUGUGAAUGUUGACCCACUUCGGCCCGUUGAUGAGAAGCUACUACAUAGUUUUCGAAAUUGGUUAGUGGGAACCAUCGGAAACAAGUAUCCGAGGGACGUCUUCACCGGUCUGUGUGGUGUGGCUUGGUUCUCGACCCUAAAUACAGACAAACUAUGGCUUUCUGAUGGCGUAAGUUUAUUAACUAAGUAUUAUAUGUUGUUAUUUACUGCUUUUUACCGUUGUUAAUUGUUUUUUUUUAAUGUUGUAAUGUGGUUGUGCUGACUUAUUUAUAUGUGCUGUGCAGCAUUUGGAUGCUGCUUUCCAUAUGAUGAGGAGGAGGCAACACUUCUUCCCGGAGUUGUACCCACGUAAGUGUACUGUCAUGCCAUCUUGGUUUACCUCAUCGUUGAGGGGUCGGUGGGAUGCUUGGAAGAGCAAUACUGACCAUGAUGGUUUUGUUUGGGAUGAGUCCAUCUUGGAACUCCUUCGUGGGGAUCCAAACUAAUUUUUGCCUUCUUGGAAGGGUAUGGAGUGCAUAUGCAUGGCCAUGUUCUUGAACGGACAGAAACAUUGGAUCGCUAUGGAGGUCAAUCUUGAGUUGUGGAAGAUAUUCCUCUUCGAUUCGAGUCUUGGAUCUCUAACGAAAGACGAACUGAAUUCGCUUAUGGAUGUGUGGUGCCCUUUACUAGCCAAAUUGGUGGACCAGUGUGGUGUAUGUGACACUCAUUACAUGGUGAUGGUCCCUCAAAUGACAGCCUCCGAAAGUCAGGU